AGGCGGCGGCGCUGCUGAGCGAGGGGGGCGGCCCCGCCCGGAGAUGGGGAUUCUCAGCAUCACGGACCAGCCUCCUUUGGUCCAAGCCAUCUUUAACCGUGAUAUAGAAGAGGUGAGGUCACUGCUGAGUCAGAAGGAGAAUAUCAAUGUAUUGGACCAAGAGAGACGAACCCCUUUGCAUGCAGCUGCAUUCUUGGGAGAAUCUCCAAUUGUUGAACUCCUAAUACUAUCAGGUGCUAACGUUAAUGCAAAGGAUACACUUUGGCUAACCCCGUUACACCGUGCUGCAGCUUCUCGCAAUGAGAAGGCACUUAACCUCCUCCUAAAGCACUCGGCAGAUGUCAAUGCUCGUGACAAGUAUUGGCAAACACCACUGCAUGUUGCUGCUGCCAACAGAGCCACCAAGUGUGCUGAGGCCAUCAUUCCCCUACUCAGUAGCGUCAAUGUGGCAGACCGCACUGGCCGCACGGCACUGCACCAUGCUGUACACAGCGGGCACAUCGAGAUGGUAAACCUGCUUUUAAAUAAAGGGGCCAAUCUGAGCACAUGCGAUAAGAAGGAGAGACAGCCAAUACAUUGGGCAGCCUUCCUUGGGCAUUUGGAAGUAUUAAAGCUGCUGGUGGCCCGAGGAGCGGAUGUUACAUGCAAGGACAAGAAGGGUUACACACUGCUGCAUACAGCGGCAGCCAGUGGCCAGAUUGAAGUUGUGAAACACCUGCUAAGGCUUGGAGUUGAGAUUGAUGAACCAAAUUCUUUUGGCAACACUGCACUUCACAUUGCCUGUUACAUGGGCCAGGAUGCUGUGGCCAAUGAACUGGUCAAUUAUGGCGCCAACGUCAACCAGCCCAAUGAGAAGGGCUUCACCCCCUUGCACUUUGCUGCUGUCUCUACCAACGGGGCCCUGUGCCUGGAACUUCUCGUCAACAACGGAGCCGAUGUGAACUUUCAGAGUAAAGAAGGGAAAAGUCCUUUGCACAUGGCUGCCAUUCAUGGACGGUUUACACGCUCUCAGAUUCUCAUACAAAAUGGCAGUGAGAUUGACUGCGCUGACAAAUAUGGCAAUACCCCCCUCCAUGUUGCUGCUAGAUACGGCCAUGAGCUGCUAAUUAGUACUUUGAUGACGAAUGGUGCUGAUACUGCAAGGCGUGGGAUCCAUGACAUGUUCCCCUUGCACUUAGCUGUUCUCUUUGGAUUCUCAGACUGUUGUCGUAAGCUACUUUCCUCAGGUCAGUUGUACAGCAUUGUCUCCUCGCUUAGCAAUGAGCAUGUGCUGUCCGCGGGCUUUGAUAUCAAUACGCCAGAUAACCUCGGGAGGACCUGCCUCCAUGCUGCUGCUUCCGGAGGGAAUGUUGAAUGUCUUAACUUGCUGUUGAGCAGUGGAGCUGACUUGAGGAGGAGAGAUAAGUUUGGAAGGACUCCUUUGCACUACGCAGCCGCUAAUGGCAGCUAUCAGUGUACAGUGACACUAGUCACAGCCGGAGCCAGUAUUAACGAAGCUGACUGUAAAGGCUGCACAUCCUUACAUUACGCUGCUGCUUCGGACACAUACAGGAGAGCUGAAACUCAUUCAGGAAACAGCCAUGACACUGACGAGGAGCCACUGAAGGAGUCGCGACUGAAGGAGGCAAUCUUUUGUUUAGAGUUCUUACUGGAUAAUGGUGCUGACCCAUCUCUUCGGGACAAGCAGGGCUACACCGCUGUCCAUUAUGCAGCUGCCUAUGGCAACAGACAGAACCUUGAAUUGCUCCUGGAAAUGUCUUUUAACUGCCUGGACGAUGUGGAAAGCACCAUUCCAGUCAGCCCUUUGCACUUAGCUGCCUAUAAUGGUCACUGUGAAGCCCUGAAGACACUUGCCGAAACCCUGGUGAACCUGGAUGUGCGGGACCACAAAGGGCGGACAGCUUUGUAUCUUGCCACGGAGAGGGGCUCUACGGAGUGUGUGGAGGUGCUCACCAGCCAUGGUGCUUCUGCUCUUGUGAAGGAGAAAAAAAAGAAGUGGACACCCCUACAUGCUGCAGCUGCCUAUGGGAACACAGAUUCCCUCCAUCUUCUCAUUGACAGUGGGGAGAGAGUCGACAUCACAGAUGUGAUAGACAUCCACGGGCAAACCCCAUUGAUGUUGGCGAUCAUGAACGGCCAUGUAGAUUGUGUCCACCUCUUAUUAGAGAAGGGAUCCACUGUGGAUGCAGCUGACAGGAGAGGCAGGACUGCACUGCACCGGGGGGCUGUUACUGGCUGUGAAGAUUGCCUUGCAGCACUGCUGGACCAUGAUGCCUUUGUGUUGUGUCGGGAUUUCAAGGGCCGGACCCCGAUUCACUUUGCCUCGGUGUGUGGGCAUUCUGAAAUCCUGAGGACCUUGCUGCAGGCAGCGCUCUCUACUGACCCUCUGGACUCUGUGGUGGACUAUAGUGGCUACUCACCAAUGCACUGGGCUUCUUACAGUGGGCAUGAAGAUUGUCUUGAAUUGUUACUUGAACACAAUCCAUUUGCAUACCUAGAAGGAAAUCCCUUUACUCCAUUGCACUGUGCAGUAAUUAACAACCAGGAUGGCACUGCUGAAAUGCUAGUAGAAGCAUUGGGUGCCAAGAUUGUUAAUAGCAGAGAUGCCAAAGGAAGGACCCCCCUUCACGCUGCUGCCUUUGCAGACAACAUCCAUGGUUUACAGCUGCUUUUGCGCCACCAGGCUGAGGUAGACACGACCGACCAAUUGGGAAGGACCCCUCUCAUGAUGGCUGCUGAAAAUGGCCAGACAGCAGCCCUUGAGUUUCUGCUGUACAGAGCAAAAGCAGAUCUAACUGUGCUGGAUGUCAACAAGAACACAGCUCUUCACCUGGCCUGCAGCAAGGGUCAUGAAAAGUGUGCCUUGUUGAUUCUGGGGGAAACCCAAGACCUUGGCCUUAUCAAUGCAACUAACAGUGCUCUGCAGAUGCCGCUCCAUAUUGCAGCUCGGAAGGGACUGGCCUCUGUUGUUCAGGCUCUGCUGAGCAGAGGUGCCACGGUGCUUGCUGUGGACGAAGAAGGCCAUACCCCAGCCUUGGCUUGCGCCCCCAACAAGGACGUUGCCGACUGCCUGGCACUUAUCCUUUCCACCAUGAAGCCUUUUCCACCUAAAGACGCCAUCAGCCCUUUCAGCUUCAACCUCCUCAAGAACUGCGGCAUUGCUGCCAAGACGGCAGCCUGCAGUGCUCUGCCCAACGGAAACAGCUGCCCUUACACCAAGGAUAGGCACAAUGCCAUCGGCUUAGAUGGCUGUUACUCGGAGUAGCUUAAAAACCAGGAUGGGUGAUCUAAUAUCUUCUAUUUAUUUAGAAAUUCUAUAAAUAUAGGACACUUUAAAUGAGAACAAGACUGGAGGGGCCUUCUAAAACGGCCUGGGCACCAAAACAAAACGGGAAAGAAGAGAAGGCUCUCAGCUUCUGCUUCCUAUCUAGAUUCUUGCUUGACCACUAGCAUCACAGGCUGUUAAAUAAAAUUAACAGGCAAU